AGAGCAAAUUAAAUGAACGCAGAAAAUAAAAUAAGAGUAUGUCUAUGUUUAGCAGGUAUAUCUGCACUCCUUGGCGGUCGCUAUAAGACUGAUGAUGUUUCACUUCGCUCUACGUCUAACGGUUGAUAAUGGUACUGCAGCCAGCUGCCUUUGUUGGAAUCAGUGGCUGUAUUAUUCGGACUAACCUUUCUACCGUCGCGUUCCUCGUGACGUGGACUAUUUACACACUCGUUUUUUAUUUCACAUGACUGCACGUGGUACUCUUCGCUUCCUCGAAUUAUCGUAUCUCUUUCGUUUCUUUACCAUCCACACGUUUAUACAGUUUCCGAAACAUUUCUCCGACGUUGCCGAGGAACGAGCGUGACGUCGAUCGACCGAUCGAACGGCGUCGAACAGUCGAACCGAAUUAUAAUCGAUAGGAAGAAAAAUCGAAUUUGCAAAUCGCAAAACCUCGAUCGUAAGCGGGAUACUUGAUGAAGUUUCGAAUCAGUGUGCGUGCUCGAAGAACGAUGCGUGAUUGGGUAACGAUCUCGCUACUGGAGAGCAAACAAGAAUUUAAUCGAUAAGAAAACGUAAAGCAAACGUAGAUACGCAUGGAUCGAAGAGUCGAAGAACGAUCGUGUCGUGGUCAUCGGCAAAGUAAGUUACGUAUCGGUAUAAUCGUAGCGAUGCUUGGAAUCGGCGUUGGUACCGUAUUGUUUGCGUACGCGGCGUUUGCGUCCACGAUCGACGCGUCGUACGAUCGAACGUCCAUGCGACAAGUCAUUUUCGUUUUUCGACACGGUGAUCGCAGCCCCACGGAAACUUAUCCGACGGAUCCGUAUCGAGAUUACAAAUGGCCUGGAGGUUGGGGAGCUUUGACCAAGGAAGGCAUGCUGCAAAUGUACACUGUCGGCGAAUGGAUUCGCAAGCAAUACGGCUCCGUAAUUAGCAAAAAUUAUCGAUCCGAUCUAUCGUUGACGCAAAGUAGCUACGCGGAUCGCUGCAUAAUGUCCGCUCAAACUUUACUCGCUGGCUUGUAUCCACCGAGCCCCGAGGAACUGUUCGUUCCGAGCCUGAUUUGGAGACCCGUUCCUGUUCAUUCCACUCCUAGGCAUCUGGACAAGUUGAUCACAGUCAAAGCUCCAUGUCCGAGAUUAGAGGAAGCCUUGAAAGAAGCGUACGCGAAUGAAUCCACGCGUCCUGGAACUCCAUCAGCCGAAUACUACCAACAGCUUUCCACUUUUACCGGACAAAAUAUGACUACAAUCACCGACAUUGAAUUUCUGUACAAUACUCUGGAAAUCGAAAAACUUCACGGGUUGAAAUUAGCCGAAUGGACGACAAUGUAUUACAAUGAAUACAUGCGUGAACUCGCGGCUAGAAGUUUGGCAAUAUUCACCAGCAACACGUUGCAGAAACGAUUGCGAGGAGGACCAUUGCUUAAAGAAAUCUUGGGACGCAUGCGAGCUUUCAGAAACGGGGAAGAUACAAGGCGAGCAUAUCUUUAUUCCGCCCAUGAUAUAACUCUGGUCAAUUUGUUAAGAACCAUGGGAUUCACGAAGGAAUAUCUGAAACCUGCGUACGGUGCGAUGCUAGUCUUCCAAUUACAUUAUACCUCCGACCUUGUAGAAGAUGCAGAAGUAAAGUUACUGUAUCGAAACGACACCCACACGAGCACACCGCAUCCUAUGGAAAUACCAAACUGUACCGCGCCUUGUCUGCUCGGAAACUUGACAAGUUUAUGGAAAAACGUGCUUCCCGAUAAUUGGGACAAGGAAUGCCUACUCCUACAGCACGAGAUGUUCAGUUGGUUAAGUCGAGAAGAGAGUGGAAAGCAAGACCUCUUUGAAAAUGUCACGGAAGGUCUUAAAAAAAUAUACAAAUCCAAGCUACUACCUCUCGAGCAGCACUAUCAGUUCCAUGACUUUCAUUCACCACAACUCGACGAUCCGGAUUUUGAUGCCAAACCUAUGAUCCUCUUGGUGGGUCAAUAUUCUACCGGCAAAACUACCUUCAUCAAGUAUUUGCUAGAAAGAGACUUUCCUGGAAUAAGAAUUGGUCCUGAACCAACGACAGAUCGCUUCAUUGCAGUUAUGUACGAUGAGAAAGAAGGUGUGAUUCCUGGGAACGCGUUAGUUGUCGAUCCAAACAAACAGUUCAGACCGCUUUCCAGAUUUGGAAACGCAUUCCUGAAUAGAUUUCAAUGUUCCACCGUUGCGUCUCCUGUUUUAAAAGGGAUAUCUAUAGUGGACACGCCUGGUAUCUUGUCCGGUGAGAAACAAAGAGUUGACCGAGGUUACGACUUCACCGGAGUUUUGGAAUGGUUCGCCGAACGAGUAGACAGAAUAAUAUUGUUGUUCGACGCGCAUAAGCUCGAUAUUUCUGAUGAAUUUAGAAGAUCCAUCGAAGCGUUGCGCGGGCACGAUGAUAAAAUUAGGAUCGUACUCAAUAAAGCCGAUAUGAUUGAUCACCAACAACUGAUGAGAGUAUACGGAGCGUUAAUGUGGUCUCUAGGAAAAGUUUUACAAACUCCCGAAGUGGCUAGGGUAUACAUCGGAUCGUUUUGGGACCAGCCCUUGAGAUACGAUGUGAACAAGAGAUUGUUCGAAGAUGAGGAACAAGAUUUAUUUAAGGACAUGCAAUCGUUACCGAGAAACGCAGCACUUAGGAAACUCAACGAUUUGAUUAAACGCGCACGGUUGGCAAAGGUACACGCUUACAUAAUCAGCGCUUUAAGGAAGGAUAUGCCCAGUGUCUUUGGUAAAGAUACAAAAAAGAAGGAACUUAUCAAACAUUUAGGCCAAAUUUAUGAUCAGAUACAAAGGGAACAACAAAUUUCACCUGGCGAUUUCCCAGACUUGAAAAAGAUGCAGGAGAGCUUAGCGCAUCAUGAUUUCAAUAAAUUCAAUACUAUAAAACCAAAACUAUUAGAAGUAGUCGAUAAAAUGCUCGCCGAGGAUAUUGCUAAACUCAUGGCUAUGAUACCGCACGAAGAAAUUGGUACGACAUCAGAGUCACUCGUCAAAGGCGGCGCGUUUGAAGGUGUAGAAGACCAAGUAAGCCCGUUCGGAUAUAAACGGGGAGAAGGUAUCGAUGCUGGAGCUGGCGAACCAGAAUGGAUCGUUAACAAGGAAAGAGACAAAUACGAUGCGAUUUUCAAAACGCUUAGUCCUUGCGAUGGAAAAAUUACGGGGGCAGCGGCUAAGUCGGAAAUGGUGAAAUCUAAAUUACCAAAUAGUGUGCUUGGAAAAAUUUGGAAAUUAUCUGAUGUCGGGAAGGAUGGGCUUCUGGACGAAGAUGAAUUUGCCUUAGCGAUGCAUUUAAUUAACGUAAAACUCGGAGGUUACGAUCUUCCAGCAGAAUUGCCGGAACACUUGAUACCACCGUCGAAACGAGACGUAUAAAAAUAAAUACCGAUCGUAUCUAUUCGUCUCUCGUCUCAUCGUUGAUACGUUUGGUACAUACAUUUGGCACGCACAUUACACAAUUGUAUUUAUUGAUUAGCCAAUAAUGCGACUCUAAACACAUUGAUGAACGUUGUCAUUUUGUAAACGUUCUGAAGAAUACACUAUAUUUACGAAUACUACGUCAAUAAAUUAUUUUAUAUCGUUGUUGGACA